CUCAAAUCAAACAGAAAGCUUUAAAGAAAAUAAGAGACAAGAAAUCAUUCACCUGCCUUCAGUGUGGAGAGAGUUUGACAAACAAACAGAGUCUCAAGAUUCACAUGAGAGUUCAUGCCGGAGAGAAAUUGUUCACAUGUAAACAAUGUGGAAAACCAUUUAUGUGGGCUUCAGCCCUGAAGAGUCACCUGAUAGUUCAUUCAAAGGAGAAACCACAUUCAUGUCCUAUAUGUGGAAAUAGUUUUUCACUACUGAAUAAUUUAAAAGCUCAUCAGAAAAUACACACUGGUGUGAGAGAUCAUAUGUGUUUUGAGUGUGAGAAGACUUUUAUUACAGCUUCACAUUUGAAACGGCACCAGAGGAUCCACACUGGAGAGAAACCUUACAAGUGUUCACACUGUGACAAGAGAUUUAGUCAUUCAGAAUCCCGAAAAGGACAUGAGAGGAUUCACACCGGAGAGAGACCUUACAUGUGUAAUCAGUGUGGUACGAGUUUCAAACAAAAAGCUCAACUUAAUGUGCACAUGGGAGUUCACACUGGAGAGAAACCGUUCACAUGUGAUCAGUGCGGGAAGAGUUUUGCACAAUCAGCAAGGCUGAAGAUACACAUGAAUGUCCACACUGGAGAGAAACUGCAUAAAUGUGAUCAAUGCGGAAAAACAUUUUUGUGGGUCUCAGGACUGAAGAGUCACCUGAAUGCCCAUUUAAAGGAGAAACCACAUUCAUGUUAUUUGUGUGAAAAGAGAUUUUCACAUCUGCAAAAUUUAAAACACCAUGAGAAGAUACACAUGGCUGUGAGAGAAUAUAUGUGCUUUGAGUGUGAAAAGACAUUUGUUACAUCUACAGAACUGAAACAGCACGAGAGGAUCCACACUGGAGAGAAACCUUACAAGUUCACACUGUGACCAGAGAUUCAAUCAAUCAGAAACCCUGAAAAGACAUGAGAAGAUCCACACUGGAGAGAAACCUUACACAUGUGAUCAUUGUGGGAAGAGUUUUAGACAUAAAGAUCAUCUUAAGGUGCACAUAAGGGUUCAUACGGGAGA